CCCAUUCCGUCCAAAAGAGUCAGAUGCGCUUCAUGUGUGUCUCAUUCAGCAUCGUGACCUAUCGCCUCUGUGCAAGUGCAAAGCAACUCAAGGAUGGCUGGCUGGCGUGCGGAUCAGAAAGACCUAUAGCCUGGCGGCCCGAGUUGCAUGAGGGCACAGCUCAUAGAACGUCACUUUGCCGUAUCGCUCAUCGUGCAGUGCUCUUAGAAUGAAGAGAACAAUGUAAGGUAACAAGCCGCAGAUUAGUGAGGCAGAGGCAGACAGGAGAGUCACCAGCCUGUAUUUCACCACACCGGACUCCUUCUCGCUCCUCAAGAUCGGCAGGUUGUGCAGCCGCACAGAAAUCUUCAAGACAUGACACACACACACGCAGAGACCCAUAGAGACACGACAUUGGAGCCGCUCCCUUUUGAUGUGCCUGCCCACCAUGAACAGGACGACUUCGCAUGCCAUCUCGAUGGCGACGAGAAGACACAGCCCGCCCAGCCUCUCGAACAGCCGCGGCAGCGAGGGAGACAGCAGCUGCUCCAUCGAUAUGAGUAACAGAUUGAUGAAAACCAUUAAGAAGCUCUCGGUCUGAUUGUAGGCAUGAGUUUGGUCCGCCAAUGCACGAAGGUAUCGUGGCUUGACGUCGAAGGCGAUGAACUAUGUGGCACACACACAUUCACACACAAAGGAGACUCGUGUACAUACAUUGUAUAACUGGCUCCAUGUGUGGGCUGACAUUGGAUUGAAGAUCGAGUGUCGACGUCAUAGACGAUACCCUGCUGGCUGACCGGGGCCUUCGUCGGCCAGCCCUCAUGACUUGCUGAUAGUGCUGACUGGGCGACCGGCGCGGUGUCUCGGCUGAGCUCAAUCGACUCAUGGACUUGCGCGAUUCCUCCCAGCUCACUGCUGGCGUGCUGAAUGCGUCGCUGCUUGUUGAUUCAGCCAUCAGAUGGGGACAGUCCGCAGCCUUGGGAGCUUUGCAUGUCUCAGCCUUUUCUGCCUCCGGGGUUGACUGGGCAUCCCGACUGAGCAUUCGGAUGAUGUUAGCGUGGAGUAUGUCAGCAUAGGGCACCACCAGAUCGCCAAGGAGAUCGUAGAGGGCGAACGAGAAAGACGAUAUGAUCUUGCUGCUAAGAUUCUCCAUCUUCGCCUGUUGUAAGAAGGGCAGAGACAUGAGGUACACACGGCUGUCUGCUGAUGCAUGGUGCGGGCAUACAUGCCUGGAGUAGCCGCGGCAGGAAUAGUGACCCGAAGCCGACGUAGAGCAUAAUAGCGUAGUUGCGCAGCGGCGGGCCGUCGCGCAUCUUUCUGAUUGUUCCACCGGCCACGGCCACCAAAGGCCAGGAGAUCAGCAGACACAAAGACGCCACUCGGGCCCUCUCGGUGUCCGUCGUGGCCGCCUCUGCCUGUUUUACAAAAAGUAGUGACCAGAGCGUUAGGGCGACGACCGAGAGCAGCAGGACGAAGAACAUUUGCAGCGCAUAGAGCCACCUAUGUUUGACGCCCUCCAU